CGGACCAAGCUACAAAUUCAUUAUUCAAUCUGUACACUCUUUAUGGUUUCAAAGAACUACUAUAAGUUUUGUUUUUAUAUUAUAUUUUAACACUGUUCUAACUAUGGCUACAUAAUUGAUAAGUUAGGAAGCGUGAUUGUGGUCAAGAGCCAGUAUGUCCUCGAUAAUAAUCUUGUUUUGUCUGUUGAACAUCGCAGUAAGUCUAAAAAUAUUUGGCUCAGAUUCAGAUGAGGUGGAUGUCCUUGAGGGUCGUAAUAUUCAAUUAAAAUGGACAUUUUCUACAAGUGGAAGUGAAACAUUUAGCCUAGCCACCAUCGACGUAAUACAAACUGGAGGAAAACUGGUCAGUGUUGCACACUCCAGUUCAGAAUUCAAUAUUAUUACUAAUGCUGACUACUCGAAGAGAAAAUGGACGGCUUCACGCAGUCGAAGCAGUAAAGAGAUUGUAUUGAAUGUUAAAGAUGCUAAAACAGAAGAUGAUGGUUCAUAUUACUUGAAAUUAAUAUAUUCGUCAUCAACCCAAUUACGUGGAAUUAGACUAAAUGUUCUUGUAAAGCCACACUAUCCAGCGGGUAGUUACACCCAAAACUUAGACGCGGUUGAUGAAGGAAGCAAGGUUACACUAAAAUGUAAACCAGAAGGAAGUCCACAGCCAAUAAAAAUUGUUUGGGAAAAGAAUAAUGUCAGAUAUUUAGAGACUGAUACAACAAAAGGAUCAGAUUUAGUGUUUAACAAUGUCAGUAGAAGUGAUAUUGGAAAAUAUGUUUGUAAAGCAAGUAAUAAAGCUGGAAGCGCUGAUGAAGAACCUUCGGUGCAGUUGACUGUCAGAUAUAAACCGGUGAAUACAAAGUUCAAUACGACUGAAGCUCUUCUCAUUGGUAAAACCGUCACUCUACAUUGUUCUGCCGACGCCGAUCCCGUUGCCCGAUUUUCUUUUACGGGAGCCGUGGCUCCAGUGAGCAAUAGCGAAACAGGAAAAAUAAAAGUGAAGUUGGAAGCUAGUAUUGAUGGCCGAAUUGUGAGCUGUACUCCAUUUAAUAGACUUGGUAACGGACCAACCGUUGACUUUGUAAUUGAUAUUAAAGUUCCUGCGAAAGUAACUGAUCUUCCUGAUAAGUUGAGGGCAAUUGAAGGAAGGAACGUUUCCAUAACAUGCAAAGCGAAAGGAAAACCCGCAGCUAAGAUUAUUUGGCUCAAAGAUGGCACACCAAGAAAAUAUACACCACCACAUUAUAUCACUGGCCGACUUGCAGACAAUACGUAUCAGACUGUAUCUACUCUCAUAUUACCGUUUGCAUCCAGAGACGAUAAUGGCAAUUAUGUUUGUCAAGCGCAAAAUCUACCUUAUGGAAGUCAUGAGAAAGCGGUUAAACUUAAUUUGAUGUAUCUUCCAGAAGUAAAAAAUAAAAAUGACUUCGAACAACGAGAAGUUCGUGCUGGCGAUGACGUCACAUUGAAGUGUGAAGCCCAUGGAAAUCCAGCAACAACUUACCAUAUUUGGAGGUGGGAAAAUGGCACGGUUUUACAAAACAGGUCUAAAGGAGAUCUACAGAUCUUAAAUAUCGAACCUCAUCAAGGAGGUCGUUUAUCUUGCGCUGGUGGCAGUUAUAUUGGCGAAGGAAAAAAAGAAUAUAUAAACCUUUUAGUUAGAGUUCCUCCGAUGAUAAUUGUUCCUCCUCAACCAAGAGUUUUCCUUAAUGAGUCAAAAAGAUUACUGCUGUUUUGUAAUGCAAGUGGCGUACCAAAGCCCAAAAUACAUUGGAUCAAGGAUGGUGCACUACUUCGUUAUACGGGAGAUUAUUUCAGUAUAUCUUACGUAGAUUACACGGACAAAGGACUGUAUACUUGUACCGCUGACAAUGGGAUACCGCCCAACGUUUCUGCAUCGAGUGAGGUCAUUAUAUAUUCCCGUCCUGUUAUCACAACAACGUCAGCUACUGACACAUUACUAGGCGCAGAAUCGGGAGAGGUUGUGAAACUAGUUUGUAUUGCUGAUGCUUUGCCUGUUUCCAAAUUUAAGUGGUUUUCAUAUCCUGCCAUGCAAGAAUUGAACGAAAGCAUGACAGAUAUUAUCAGUAUACAAUCAUCCAGUGAAACGUCAUUAACCAUGGAGGUCAGAGCUAGAUUCGGUGCGAAGUAUUUAUGUUAUGCGUACAAUAAUCGUGGAAAUGAUACUCAAAUCUAUGAAAUUCGUCCUAAAGAUUUCUCAGUAAAUAUGUCCCGUAAAGUGCAAAAAUCUUUGGUGCAAAACCUUGUUUAUCUGUGUGCAGCAAUAUAUUUGAUGAUAUCCUCAGGUGUUUAUGCAAAAAUAGAAGAUAUAAUUGUAAAUGUCGGAGAUACAGCUACUAUGCAUUGCAAUAUGGAUAAACCAAUAUGGGUGAAGAAUGGAACAGAAUUAAAAAAAACAGCACGAGUGAAGCCAUCAUCCUCAUAUUUGCACCUGUUUUGUGUGGAAUUAUCCGAUGGUGGAAUUUAUGAGUGUAGAAAUGAAUUGAAUGCGUAUAAACCAAGACAGUUCAACCUUACUGUUAAUAAUCCUGAUAAUAAAGAGUUUUUUCAAAUUUACAACAAAGAGAAGGAUAAGUGUUUGAGCAACAUUCUCAGUUCAUUACAUUUAGAAGAUUGCAAUAAACAUAAUUGUAGACAGAAAUGGAUGCGGGGUGGUAAUGGCGCACUCAUGAGUGGUUUAGACUUUACCUGCAUAUCAACAACUGAACCUGUUGUCUCAGGGAAAACUGUUAAACUGGAAAAUUGCUUGAAUAGAACGACACAAGAAUGGAAAUGUCAUCAUGAUUUGUUAACGAUACCAGGUCAUGAUUUAUAUUUAAACUGUGAUUCCAAAGAAAAUAUCGUUUUUUCCUCAAUGACUGGACCUGGAUCACGAUGGGUUAAAUAUACUACACGUGACAAUAUCUGUUCUGAAAACAGGAAAGUUGUAAUUGAUCGAACACAUGUUAUCCUAGCAGAAAGAGGGACUGUCAAAGUGAAAUGCAAAGGAAUAAACUUUUUUAAACCAACUUACUCUUGGCUAAAGAAUGGCGAACAUAUCAACGGGAAAAGUGGUUUGUCUUUACAUAUUUACUCCAAUGUUUUGUUCUUUCCGUUUGCUGACAUCACAAGUUUUGGUAACUACACAUGUGUUGUGAAAGAUCAAUGGGAAACAGCUACUGCCUCGACAAUAAUUGAGGUUUAUAAAGAUCCGUCCAUUAUUCGACAUUCGCUAAAUCAAAGUGCAUUGUUUGGAAAAGACGUUUGUCUAACUUGUCAAAUGUUCGCUAAUAAAACAAGUCCUGAAAUUAUUUGGUCAAAAAUGGGGACUCCUAUCCCCCAAGGCAACCCAAAAUAUCAAAUAAAUCGUGUUAGCACACCUGGAAUAUAUAUUAAGAAGUUCUCAACUGAACUUUGUAUUAAAUCGGUAAAUUAUGGUGACGCUGGGAUAUACUCAUGUGAAAUAAAAUACACGUCAAAAUUAGCUCAAGCUCAAGGAAAACUACAAGUUAUGGUCAAACCAGAAGUGACCAUUUAUAUUAUUGAUGGUUUGUUGGUGUGUAAUGCGACUGGCUUCCCCCCGCCAAGUCUUAUUUGGUAUAAAGACAGUAAAUACGUUGAAAAAAGUAAAAAAAACGAAAGAUCUUUAUCUAUUAAAAAGACAAUUGGAAAUUUCACAUGCGUUGCCUUCAACUCAGCUGGAACUUCUUCCCGUUCAUUUAUACCUACAUUUCCAGCUGGAAACAAAUCCGAUGGGACAUCUCAUGUGACCCUGAUAAUUAUUUUGUGUGUUGUCGGUGGAAUAUUAUUAGGAAUAUUGGUUAUUUUGUGCGUAUGCUUGUUCUGUCGACGAAAGAAAGAAAUUGUGAAUAAUAAUUCUGAAGGUGUUUACCAUUCAGUUCGUUAUACAGCCACGCCUGCUCAAUCGACUAGUCAAUCGGAAUAUACAACAGUUGAUGUUGGAGCUCCUCAUCAAAAACCUCACAUCUCGUUUAAACCCCGCAAAAAUUUAGAGCCUGGACCGAAACAAUUCGGACUGAAAGCGAAAUAUCAAAGUUUGAAACCUCGAGCGAAAGGAGAAUGGGAAAUUCCUUAUGAAUGUGUGAAGUUUGAUAAGAAACUUGGGGAAGGACAGUUUGGGCAAGUUUGGAAAGCAGAUAUUCUGGCUAGAAAAGGUUCAAGAACUGUGGCUGUUAAGAUGUUACGCGAAGGAGCUUCGAUUAAAGAUCGUAAAGCAUUGAUUGAUGAAUUGGAAUUCAUGAAAACAAUGUCGCCUCAUCCAAAUAUUGUUGGCUUGGUUGGUUGCUGUACUAGAUCAGAGACAGUGAUGAUUGUAGUAGAAUAUGUCCCUGGUGGUAAUUUAAAGGAUUAUCUUUUAUACAGUCGUGGAAACACUAACGAUGUUUAUUCCAAUCUGGCUCCUUUCAGUGCUACCUUAACAUCAAAAGAUUUGUUAACAUUUGCUUACCAGAUUGCGAGAGGAAUGAGCUAUCUUGAACAAAUUAAGUGUGUUCACCGCGACUUAGCGGCUAGAAAUAUUUUGGUUGGUGAUGAUAAGACAUGUAAAAUUGCAGAUUUUGGUCUAGCCAGAGAUAUCUAUGCCGAAAAUUACUAUCGAAAGACCAAUGGUGGUCGCCUUCCUUUAAGAUGGAUGGCAUACGAAUCGAUAUUUAAUGGGAUUACAACCAACCAAAGUGACGCGUGGUCAUUUGGUGUUGUUCUUUGGGAAAUUGUAACACUUGGUGGAAAUCCAUACCCAGACCUCAACAGAGACGAGGUUAUAGAUGGUUUGCAAAGAGGAUACAGGAUGCCCAAGCCACAUCAUUGUUCUGAUGAAGUGUACUCUGUGAUGUGGGACUGUUGGCAACAAAAUCCAGAUAAACGUCCGACUUUUGCAGAACUUACUGCGACAUUCUUGCGUUUAAUUUCUCUUCAGCAGAAUUUUAUCAGUACCGAGAGUUUUGGUGAUGAUGAUUAUGUAAACGUAGGUAGUUAUGAAGAGACUGCAGAUGAAUGAUUCUUACGUAUACACGAUUUUUCCCAUAAAAUACAUGCACGAUUUAAUUAGAAAGAAUGUAAAACAUUGCACGCACGCACUUGAACAUCCACAUUUUACAUAAGCCAAGGGUUUUAAUUUAGUUAUCGAUAAAAGUAAGAGAUUGUAUUCCAUGGUUCAUAAGUUUACAGAAUUCGUCCUGCAUGGUCACCCUUUUACCGAGAAUAUUUACGGUGACAUGAAGUAAAGCUCAAUUUGAAAUAUGGUGCAUGCAUGGAGACGUAUAGUGUUGUCUUUAAGGAAUAAAAAACACACUAAGUUUGCACUAUAAUAAAAAAAUUGCAUAUUUUUUUAAAUAAUGAUCUUUUUAGGAUGUGAUAUAUUAGUUAAUGUAUAUAUAUAUGGGAGAAUAUUCUAUACAUCUUUUUUUAAUA